AGGCCUGCGGGAGGGCGGCGGCGGAGCAGGUUGGUCCGGGGUGGGCGCCGGCGGCCUGGCGCAGGCCCGCGGCGGAGAGAGAGCGGUUUAUCCACAUCCACCCCUCCUCCGGGUUGCCAUGGAGACGGGCGGGCGGCGGCGGCGGGGCGGCUGUCAGUGAGGGAUCGCACCGGGCACCGGAGCGGCGGCGCAGGGGAGGCCGCGGCCGCGGUAGACAUGGACUCGCAGUGCGACUGUGCCGAACCUCCGGCCGCCGAGCAGCCGUCGGGGAGGAUUAACAAAACCGCCUUCAAACUGUUCAAGAGAAGGAAGUCCGGGGGCACCAUGCCGAGCAUCUUCGGGGUGAGGAGCAAAGGCGGGGAGGGGAAGGGCGCCGGCAAAGCGGGCAUGGUGCGGAGCCGGACGCACGACGGCUUGGCCGACGCCGUGCUGGAGAGCAGCAAAAAGGAGGAACCGGGCGGCGGCGACCCGCAAAGCCGGGAGCCGCAGAGCCGGCCGAGCGGCAGCCUCGGCGUGUCCGCCGGCAGCUCGGUGGCCAAGUCGCACAGCUUCUUCUCCCUGCUGCGGAAGAACGGCAGGCCGGAGAACGGCAAGGCGGAGAGCGCAGAGCAGCGGGCAGGCGGCAGACAAAAGAAGGGGCUGAAAGGCAUCUUCAGCAGCAUGCGAUGGCACAGAAAGGACAAAAAUGGCAAGGAUGAGAGGGGAGAAACCUCGGAGAUCCAGUCCGGCCUUAUUAUGCCGGGGUCUCUGACUGCCAGUCUGGAGUGCAUCAAAGAAGAGACGCCAAAACCUUUGUCUGAAACUCCGGGCAGCGCAGGAGACGCGGGGCUGGACGCGCCGCGGGAGAAGCGCAGCGGGGAGGCACUCACCGCGGCCCAGGAGGAGGCCGGGGCGGGCGGUGGGGAGCCGCGGGACAGCAGCCCCACGGGCCGGGAGGACCCGGCCGCUGCUGGAAGGCGACCCGAGGAGCUCUGCCACGAGCGACCGGACCCGGGCGCCGGAGAGGUUGGAACUGCGAAGGAUGCGGCCAUAACAGGCUGCGGAGAUAUUAUUGCGGACCAUGAGGAGGAUGUGGGCAGCGGGAGUGUCGUCUGCGAGAAGAGCACCCUCGGGGCUGGCAAGCUGGGUGCCUCCAAGAAGCACCCGACCAUGGUGACCUACCAGGGAGGAGGGGAGGAGAUGGCCAGCCCAGACCAGGUGGAUGACACCUGCCUGCAGGAGUUCUGGGACAUGCUGUCACAGACAGAGGAGACCCCAACAGGAGGUGGAGGAGGGACAAAGAAACCCGAGGUGUUGAAGGAGAGCCGAGGUGCUGAGGGGGCCCAGAGCAGGGCAGUGGGGAAACGUGGUGGCCUCCACCAGAUCCCUAUUCACCUCAACCAUAAAGAGGAGCAGAAGGGCAGGGAGAAGGAGCAGCACGAAGGUAUCCCAAAUAGCGAUGAGGGCUACUGGGAUUCCACCACCCCUGGUCCUGAGGAAGACAGUUCCACAAGCAUCCAGAAGGAGACUAUCCCCAGGGACAGCUACAGUGGGGAUGCUCUCUAUGACCUCUAUGCUGAGCCGGAUGAGAACCCACCAGCAGCACCUACAGUGGAAGAGGUCACCUGUGUGCCACGCUCCAAGCCUGUGUCUCCAAUAACAACCACACUGAAAACACCCUCAAGCACAGUGAAGGACUCCAAGAUACCCAUCAGCAUUAAACACCUUUCUUCACAUUCUGCCAGCCAUGGAGCAGAUACCAGUAACAGCCAUCACGUCGCACACCAUCACCUGGCCAAAAGUGAGAUGCACAGAACAAAAAUCCCUGUCUCUAAAGUACUGGUACGGCGGGUCAGUAACAGGGGCUUAGCAGGGACAACAGUGAAAGCUGCCGCAUACCACGACAGUGCCAAAAAGUAGUUGAAUAAGAGGUGGAAACAAAGAUGGACAGCAAGGUGGGCGUGUGAAAGUCUGUGUAGGAGACCACAGAUAAUGAAUUAGUUUUGCAUCACCUUGAAGAAAGGCACCUAAAAGGCUUACUUCACUGUACCCUACUGGCCUCCUUCUUAUGAGACUGUAUGGCUGAAUAUAAAAAGUCAACUUCUUUUUGAGCACUUUUUUUUACAUUUAUAUCUUUUUUCUGCAGCACUAAACACUGGGGAGGUUCAUUUUUACAUACCUUUUUGGAAGCAGGACUUGGAUUAUGAGCCUAUUCCUUCCUCAUGCAAAGCAGUGCCAUGAGUUCUUCAAGGGUACGGUUCCAAAAGGAGUGACAUGAGAGGUUCUCCAAUACACUUAUCUUUUAAUCGUUUCUGGGGGAGGAGUUGAAGGUGGGUGCCUGGCUCCCAGAAUUAUUAUUGCUCUACAAGAUGUUGGAAAAAAUGCCAAGCAAAAAACCAGCCACCCUAACAGGUAUUUUACCUGCUGUAGGAAGGAGAACAGUGCUCAGCAGCAGACUUGAUUGACAUGUGUGCAGUAGAUAACUAAAGGAGUUAAGUGGACUUGUCUAACAGGAAACACAUUUUUGUUCGUCUGUCUGUCUGGUUGGUUUUGAUCUGGUCUAAUGUAAAUGGGUAACAGAGACACCUGACAUAGGUUCAGAUGUUUACAUCGAUACUUGUCCAAUAACACAUACAAUCAGGUUCAGGGAAACAUUUUACUAAAUGCCAAUAUAUACACACUGUUCACAUUUAUACCGUAACUUGCUCGCCGUGUGUAAAUAUAUACAUAUUGUAGCAGAUUUACUCAAUGCUACAGAUUUUUAUAUUAAAAAAAAAUCACCUGUCUGUAUUAUCUAGAGUUUAAGCAAGAGCUAGUUUUUAUAGUUAGAUAAUUUUACAGUUCUAAAAUAAUAGAACUUUGUGUAAGUACCUUAAAUUAGAGCAAAACUCUGUUUUGUAUGGGCUCAUACAUCCCCAGAUAAGUAAAUCUGAAGUGCUGAUUUUAUUCCAGUGGCACAUUCCGUGAGUCAGAGCUGAGGUUCUGACAACACUGCCACUGCAAACCUCUAUUUUCAGGGGUUUGGACAAAGUUGCUCUGGGCUUAAACCUUACAGAGAAGGAACCCAGGAGAAAAACAUGGGUUUUAAUUAUAAUUUUUUAAAAUAUAUAAAAUUAGUUUUUGACUAUUUAAAGAAAGUUUGGGUUCUCAUUGUUUUUUAUUUUCAUUCUUAAUAAUGUCAGAAUAAUUUUACUUUAAGAGAGAAAAAGAAAUACGGUAAGCUAGUGACACAUAAAAUGGUCUGAUGAGCUUGGAUCUUAUGAGAAAUGUAUUAAUGGCCAGGACAUUUUUGAGUAGUGGCUACUGUACAUGGGCAUUGACAACAUGUCAAAGAAAUUUAUUAAGGUUUUAACGUGCCUGAGGACAUAUUUUUAUGAUACACUGAAAAAACUCCAAAAUCACUGAAGUCUAAAGGUAAAUAUUAUGUAUUUACAAAAUAUUUUGAUAUAAGUAUUUAAUCGUCAGACCACAGUUAAUAUAAAAUAUAUGGUCCAGUGUAUCUGAAAAAUAAUAUACAUUUUUAAAAUAUACAUGUCUAUAUUAUGCAGAGAAUCCUAAAUUCACAUAAUUGAAGCUAAUGGGUCUGAUCUUACAUAGCAGUUCAUUUUAUUGUCUCUUAAACAGAAAGAAAAAGAAGGAAAAUAAAUAUACAGAAUAUAAAUUUGAAGGAUAUUAAGGUUAAAGAUAAACCAUAAAAAGCUAUUAAAUACCAUAAUAAGAAUUGUAUAUAUGUAUAUGUGUGGUUCACUGGGGAAAUGACCUUCUAGUCACUAGGGUAAAAUUGGCAUCAAGUUCUGAAAUGAUUGCAGGAUUUAAUACCGAGCUGCAAUGCCCCAGUGAAUUGGGAUAAAGUGUUUUCCUGAUCAGUCCUUGUUUUCCUGGUUUGAGUAAGAACCUUAAUACACUUCAAAGAGGGUUAUUUUAUAUGUUUUCUUUCUAAUGUGUAUGUGUGUAGUUUUCUGUAUGCCUACUCACACAGGCGUGUUGUACAUAUGCAUGUGUAGUCAGGAUGCACCUCCUCCUGGGUUACGUGCAGUGGGGUGAAGACACACACACACACACCUGCGCACGUCACACUCAUGAACGCAGCCACUCGUGCAUGCUCCUGCACACAGGCGGAGUGCAUGUGCUAUGGAUCUGUCUCCAGACAUGCUGGCGGUGAUUUCCUUUGCCUGAGAAAGGGAUUUGCAUUUGGCCUGACUCUGCUUGUGCAUUUUAGAAAGUUAAAGCUGAAAUACCCUCAAAAGGAUGAAAGUACAGAACAUCCUGGUCCUCAGCCCUAAACCUAACAUUCCAUUUUCUGUUUGUUUUCAUUUGACUGUAAGGGACACAUCUUUCCUUGCAUGACAACUCUGCAGAAAAAUCACAAUUCCCCAUUUUGUUGUGUUGUGCAGAGAGAUUUUGCAGGGUACUGGAAGUUGAGAGGGAGGGAGGAUGUGCUGAGCUUCGAGUGGUACCAUAGAAACUGGAAGCACUGAGUACAGGUAGUAGGAGUGGCGCAUCUUUAAAACCACUAGAAGAUACCAGCUACCAUCUCUACAGGACCUGUGUUUGGCAAAUUAUUCAUCAUCAGCAUUUUGUUUGCAUUGCAGCAUGUCCGUAUUGAGGAACCAGUAGAGUGACACUGGACUAGCUCCCUCUCAUGUAAUGACUAACAUGAAUCAUCAUUAAAAUGCUUUGGCUUCCCCCACA